AUGGCUAUACCUAUGAUAUCCAAAUGUUGUUUUCUGCUUUUCUUGCUAUGCUUCAUCUUUUCAAAUGCAGAAACGAAGCCAUACCCUCUGGGCAUCAGCUUUGGGCCAACGUAUAUUACCGCAGCCUAUAUCGAUUCUGCCGGUGAGCCGGUAGUAGUAGCCAGCAUAAGAGGGAGUGACGAGUACCGUGAUUUUGUUGCAGACUCUGCGAUAAACGAAGGAGUAAAAGUCCAGUCUCGUGGGAAAUGGUAUAUUCGGGAUGGCGAAUCUCUCGUCCCAAUCCUACCGGAGCCGGAUAAUAACCCUGAGGCCGAAGGUAUCUUCACUGCAGCCAUACGUAGUAUCCGUGAAGAGAUCACCAAAAGCAAGGGACAGGUCUCCAGUAUCACAUCAAUCUCAAUCCCUAGCCAUUUCAACCACACCUCAACUACUGCCAUGAUAAAUGCAGUUAUGGAAAACGAAAAAGGGAUCAUUCGCCCCUGGCAAGUCAGAAAACAGUUCCAUGUUGUACGACUUGCAUACGGCCUCAAUUCGUGCGAAGGCUUUGGGCUCGACUCUGACACAUGCGAUAUGGAGGACCCAGAACAUGUUAUGUUUGUUGACUAUCACAACGAAUAUCUAGAGCUUGUGUUGGCUAGCGUGGGAGAGUUCUCUGUCGUUGCUCUCGAUAGCGUUAGGCUACAUAAUCUUGGAGCAAAGCGACUGGAUAAUCCCAAGGUAGGUAACCAGGACUCGAAUAUAUAUCAGCACGAAAUACAGGACGCAAUUCAAAGGUUCAAGGAGAGCAACAACAUCCGCAUGGAAGACUAUCCUACCACUAUUGAAGUUAUCCGUGCAAUUGUGAUGAGUGGUGACGCACCAAAGCCAGCUUUUGCAAGCAUUCGAGAAGCGAUUGCCGCCGUCCUCCCAGAACACAAAUCUAAAAUCCGAGACUCGAUUGAUCCUUUAUCUGUCAACGCGGUGGGAGCUGCGCAAUGGGCAAAGCUUCAGGUUCUCAACAGCGAGCUCUUACAUGAUGCCUCGGUGCUCCAUGACGAACUGUGA